UUGUAGAACAGUUGUAUGCCUUACAGUGGAUUGAAGAAUUAGCAAACCCAUCUGGUUUGCUUCUUGAAUUUCUUCAUAAUACAGAAGUAAUGAAUAUUUCACAUGAACAUUUCUAUGUACUCAAUAAUAUUUCCUGUCUUUUACAAAUAUUGUUCAAUAGAUCAAAAGAGAGUGGACGACUUUGGGCUUUAACAAUGGCUAAAUUGAUUGAUACAAAAAACUUUGCACCCUAUGAGAUUAAAGCACUUUUUAAUUCAUCUGAGAGUUUUUUCCCAUUAACUGAAGGAAACUUGCAUACACUUCAGAGUCUGUCUCCAGUUUUACCUGAGGAAGAUAAGGAAGAACUUGUCAUUAGGUUUACAGCUAAACUAAUGACAUGUAAUGGAACUGAGCUCUUCAGUACUGAGGGAGCGUUUGGAUAUCUUGGCAUUUUAAAUUCCUGCUUGAAUACUCAAGAUACUGAUUAUGGAGAACUAAUGGCUGGAAUAUUGAAGAUUAUCGUAUCUUGGCGCAGUGAUUAUGAAGAUAGCUUUCUUUUCAGCUGCAAUCUACAAGAAGCAAAUCCACAGCUGCUUGGUUUGAAUAUAGAAAUGAUCCGUUUCAUUUCUCUGUUGCUGAAUAAGCCUGUCUCAUUAUUGGAGAGUGAAUGGGAUUUUGUCAUGUGCUCCAUGCUAGCAUGGUUGGAAACAACCUGUGAAAACCCAGAAGUCUUUCCUGUUGCACAAGUGCAAGUCUUUGCUUCUGUCAGCUGUGACCUGAGCGCUUCUCUGAGUGCAUACUUCCAGGCAGCAACUCCUGAAAUCAUUGAAAAACUUCCAGAAAAUCUCAUGGCUGAAUGGCAGGACUUCUUUUCGGAAGGCAUUCAUAGCUUGCUUCUGCCUCUGUUGGCAGAAAUCACCAGAAAAGAACAAGAUGUACUGGAAACAUCAUUUCAGAACUCCAUGUUGAAAUCCUUGGGUAAAGCUUUAACAUACAUAUCAAAGGAUCAGUUAUUGAACCAUAGGCUUCCUGCCAAAUUUGUUGCUGGUCAGAAGACAAAUCUCCCAGAUAAUCUACAGACUUUGUUAAAUACUUUUUCUCCAUUACUACUCUUCAGAGCUAGACCUGUUCAAAUUACAGUAUACCACAUGUUACAUAAGUUAAUGUCUGAUUUACCUAAAUUUGACAAUGUGGAUCUCAGAUCUUAUGGUGAUGAAGAGGAAGAACUAUUAUUGUCCCCACCAGCAGCACUUAUGACUGUUCUUACCGCUCAAGAAGAUUUAUUAGAAAACAUCCUAGAAUGCAUUCCAGUUGGAGAAUUUGCAGUAAUUCAGCCAAUGAGUGAGGACUUUUGCCUUGUUUUAGGAUAUCUUCUUACCUGGAAAUUAAUUCUAACUUUCUUCAAAGCAGCAUCUUCCCAGUUACGGGCUCUUUAUUCACAAUAUCUUCGAAGAACUAAGAGUUUGAAUAAACUAUUGUAUCACUUGUUCAGGCUUAUGCCAGAAAACCCAACUUUUCCUGGAUCAACAUCAGAACUUUCAAAUAAGGAUAUAAAAACAUAUUUUACUGAAGAGCUUGAGUUAGAUAUCAAAGACACACUAGCACUGUCCUCACACAUUCCACAUUUGGCUUGCACUGUCUAUUGUAUGACCUUAAAAGAUUUGCCAGCUAUGGUUCGCCUUUGGUGGAACAGCUGUGAGAAGCGAGUCUUCAACAUUGUAGAUAAAUUUACAAGCAAAUAUGUUAGUGGUAUACUGUCGUCACAAGAAAUAUCUUCUGUACAGACCAGUACUCAGUUGUUUAAUGGCAUGAUGGUAAAAGCUCGAUCUGCCACUCGAGAAGUCAUUGCUACUUACUCAGUUGAUGAUAUAUUCAUUGAACUGAUUAUACAGCUUCCCCCAAAUUAUCCUUUGGGCUCCAUAGCUGUAGAGAGUGGGAAAAGGGUUGGUGUAGCAGUUCAGCAAUGGCGCAAUUGGAUGCUACAGCUCAGCACUUACCUCACUCAUCAGAAUGGAAGCAUUAUGGAAGGGUUAGCAUUGUGGAAAAACAAUGUGGAUAAACGUUUUGAGGGUGUUGAAGACUGCAUGAUCUGUUUCUCAGUUAUACAUGGUUCUAACUACUCCCUCCCCAAAAAAGCUUGCAGAACAUGCAAGAAAAAGUUCCAUUCAGCCUGUCUGUACAAAUGGUUUACAUCUAGCAACAAAUCUACUUGCCCACUUUGUCGAGAGACUUUCUUCUGAUAUAUAUGUUUCUGCUUCAGUGAACCUAAAGAAACAAUUGAAAUCAUCAUACUUGGACUGAGCAGUGAAACCUUAAUUUCUUCACUUACUAAUAAAGAGUUCAAACUAAAAA